AUGACAUCUAAGCAAUUCAAGUCAUAUUUCAAUCAAAUUCUUUAUGAAAAUCCUCUGCCAUUCGGGUACCAAUGGCAAUUACAACACUUGCAGAACUCAAGUCUUAACGAUCCAGGUUGGUCAGAAUUACUUUAUCGAACUUUUGCAGAAUACAAAUGUAAACGUGGACACCGCUGGAAAUCUGCAUGGGCCAUGGUUAUAUUUCGAUUUCGGCUUGAUUUUCGUAAUGGUUUUGGAAGGGUUCGAAUGAGGCGCUUUGGUGUACGUUGUAGGGAAUGUGGAGAUAAGGAUGAUUCAUAUCAUGUCGGAAUCUGUAGUGAAACACAAACUUGGUAUUUAGUACAGUGUCUUCUUCGCCAGAUCGUCCCGAGAUGCUAUGGUGAACGAUUUUAUUAUGAUGAUGAUGAUGUACAAAAUGUUGUUAUUAUUGAAACUGACGUUCCAAGCGGAGGAAAUGGUGGUGGAUCACAUCCAAAGGAUUUAUGUGAAGCAUGCGCUAAUAAUUGUUGUCAAGAAAGGUUUAAAAGAUUGACAAAAAAGAAAUAG